AUGGGCCACCUAACACAUGACGAGUUCUUUACCAGACUCGCCGAUCUCUUCAGUACCCGCAAGAACAAAGCUCACGGCGCAGUGUACCUAACACAAAAGAGACUCACCUUCAACCAAGAAGAAACUUAUGCAUCAAAAUCAGACUCCUUCGAAGACCUCUACGUGCCACGACCUCUCCCCAUCCUCAUACGCGCUACAAACGGCAAGUCUAAGGAGCACAGGGCAGCCAAAGUCAAGCUGUCUACUGUAGUGCAGCCUCAAGACUUGGACAUGUUUUAUGCACGGUAUGCAGAGGUGUGUAAGGCGGGCAUGGCAGCACUGAAGCCGAGGGAUCGAACCAAGAGGAAGGCGAAGGCCAAGAAGAGGAAGAUUGGGGCUGCGGGAACUCCCGCUUCGUGA